CGCAAACACACGCAUCACGUACACCACCACCACUGUAUCGCGACCACGACAGCUAGCACAGCCAUGCCGCGGAACUACCGUCUUCCGAUGUACAACCGGCAGAGCCCGGCGAUCCGGUGCCUCAAGUUCCUGUGCGCGGUGCUGCUCACGCUCGUCCUCGUCGCCGGCGUCAUCCUCUUCGUGCUCUGGCUCAGCCUCCGCCCGCACCGCCCCAAGUUCUCCCUCGCCGACUUCUCCAUCCCCAACCUCAACCGCCAGGCGGGCGCCGUCAACCUUCCGGUGAAGUUCACCGUCAACGAGCACAACCCCAACCAGAAGAUCGGCAUCCACUUCGACAAGGUCGACGGCUCCGUCUACUACGGGGACGAGCUCAUCGCGUCGGGCCCCGCCGUGAGCCCGUUCUACCAGCAGCCCAAGAGCGACACGCCGUUGCAGGGGGAGCUCUCCGCGUCCGGGCCGACGCCCACAGACCCGGCGUGGCCGCGGUUCGCCGCCGAGGUUGGGGCCGGGAGCGUCGGGCUGCGUCUGGUGCUAACCUCCACGGUGCAGUUCCAGGUGAAGUUGUGGGACACGAGGGAGCACCACAUGAAGGUGGACUGCGAGUUCAGGGUCGGCGGGGACGGCAGCCUCCUGCAGGAGUACAAGAAUACGCCCUGCAAGCUCUACUUCUAGUGGACCAUUCAAGCAUCCUCUCCUAUUUUUUUUCCCCUCUCAUUUAUUUCUCUUGGUUCUUGGAUGAAUUGCUUUUAGUCUAUUUUUAUAUUUGGGUUCAGAUUGUUAUUGGUGAUUCUUUUUCUAUCCCCGAUGUUCACAUAUAUGUAUUGGAGACUACAUUUCAUAAACUCUGACCGAUUGUUGUAUGCAAGUGUGAAGCAUGUGAGAAUUGAAAGGGUGCUGAAAUUU